UCAAGCAACUACUCGCUAGGGAUGGUCGCUGUUUGAUGUGCGAACUGAAAUACCUGCACCGCAAUUCAGCGUCCGGGAACGUUCAGCGGGCGCGCUGUUUCAAAACAACCACCUGUUUAUUUAUUUUUUUUAACCGCUUGCUGUACGCGAGAAUUUCAAUGGUAUUUUACCUUUGCACGGUAGCUUUUUACACCGUCGGCGUGUUCCUAGUUUCCGGGUUUAUCAGCCUGCACUACACCGCAUCGUUUCUGUUCACCCGUCAUGUGCUGCCCAGCGAAGAGACGUAUGAUUUUAUAAUCGUCGGUUCCGGAACGGCCGGCUCGUAUGUUGCGGCAAAUAUCCCGUCCGAGGAUGUGCUGCUCCUGGAGGCCGGCUCGAUGAGAUCUUCCCUGAUGGAUGUUCCACUGUUAAUGCCUUUACUGCAAGGAACACGGUAUGACUGGCAGUACGAGACCGUAGCGCAGACCGGAUCGUGCUGGGCCAUGAACGGCAACCGCAGCCGCUGGCCCAUGGGAAAAGUAUUCGGAGGCUCCCACAUGUUGAAUAACAUGGUUUACUACGAAGCGAAGAGAGACGACUUCAGCACGUGGUUUGAAACGCCGGAGCAGCUGGAUUUGUUGAUGGCAUAUUUCGACCGUCCAGCCGGAGAACCGUUGGAACCCGGUUACCACACCGAAUUGGGCCGUGUUUUCAUCCAGAGCGCGAAAGAGUUGGGCUUUGGUGAAGAAUCGUUUUUCCGUCCAUUACACACGACCCAGAAGGGCCGCCGGUGGACCACUAGUCACGCGUACGAGGCCCUUAAUCGGAUCCACCAUGAGCGCAUCAUGAAUGCGAUGGUAGAAAGAAUCAUUGUGGAAGACGGCACGGCGAAAGGAUUGAUUUUUUCGAAGGAUUACCAAAGGCACCGGGUGUUUGCCAGGAAGGGAAUCAUUUUGUCAGCUGGGACGGUUGGCACGGCUAAAAUUCUGCUGCACAGCGGUAUAGGUCCACGAAAGGAACUGGCAGCCAUCGGGAUCGAGUCAGUCGUCGAUUUGCCGCAGGUCGGUAAAAACCUGCAGGACCAUGUAGGCACCGGUUCCGAUCUGCUGUUGCUGGGCAAAUCGUUGAAUCUUGCUCCUCUCGAUCUGAUACACCCGAGCAAUGUGUUGAAUUAUUGGACAAAGGACCAUCGGUCGUCGUCUCUCGCGCUCGGUGGUUGCGAAGCGGUUGGUUACGUAUCGCUGGGCAGCAACUUUUCCAGUGAUGUGCAGUUUAUGGUACUGCCGGCUGGUGUUUGUUCCGAUGGCGGGGUUCAUUUGAGAAAUAUCGUCAACCUAAAGGACGCGGUAUGGGAGGAUUACUAUCGGCCACUGGCGGAGAGGGGUCAACCGGUAGCCACUGUACUGCCGAUUCUACUGCACCCGGAAAGUUCUGGCGAGAUUGUUUUAAAAAGUGCAAACGCACAGGACCAACCCGCCAUUAAUCCCAACUAUUUGUCGUCCGUCAACGAUGUGAAAACGCUGCUGAAAGGGAUUCGAAUACUGCAAAAACUCACGGUACAAGAGUCGGCGAAGGAAUUGAACUUAGAGCUCAAUCCAGUGCCAUUUCCCGGGUGUACCGAGCAUCCGGCGGAUAGUGAUGCUUACUGGGAAUGUUACAUUCGAUCUGUUACCUACACGGUGUACCAUCCCGUGGGGACCUGCCGGAUGGGGACGAAUGGCAACAACUCCGUUGUAUCGUCACGUAAUCUGAACGUCCAUGGUGUACAAAGGCUGUACGUGGCCGAUGCCUCGGUCAUGCCAGGCCUCCCCAGUGGUAACCCGAACUCGGUUGUAAUGGCCAUCGCCAAUUACUUUAUAGAAACAAAUUUCCCAGUGAAAUAAACGCUGGAAGAAGGCGGAUUUUAAGUAGCAAGCAAA